GGGCGUGUUAGUCCGCGGAGCGUGAGAGCGGAGGAGCGCGUGUAGCUGGAGCCAUGGCGCCCGGUCUCGGUGUGGUGCUGCUGCUGGUACUGCUCGGCCUCGCUGGCCUGGAGGCGACCCAAAGUGCCCCCAAAGUACAUGUUUAUUCCCGCCACCCAGUGGAGAAUGGCAAGUCAAACGUCCUGAACUGCUAUGUGGAGGGGUUCCACCCGCCGAACAUUGAGAUCACCCUGCUGAAGAAUGGAGUUAAGAUGGAUGGCGUGGAAAUGUCUGACCUUUCCUUCAGUGACGACUGGACUUUCCAGCGCCUGGUGCAUGUCCCAUUCACACCUAAUGGGAAAGAUUCAUAUGAAUGCCAAGUGGUGCAUAGCACCCUUCCAAGUCCCAAGAAAGUUAGAUGGGACCCAGAUUAUUAACCUGCUUCUUAUAUGGUCUGAAGAGCUCUGCCUUGCAAUCCGAAAUCUGCUUAAACCCUAACCUGUUUUCCUCUGUGCUCUUCACCCACGCACUCAUGUUUGUAUUGGAGCUGAAUGCAUAGUUUUAAGAUGAUGCUAAAUAACUUGUUUGGGGGUGGUCUUCUGUAAUUAAUAACCUGUUAGUGUGAAAUGUUAGAUUUGAGCCUGGGGGCCCCCUGUGUAUGGCAGUGUGACAUUAGAGCUGGCUUCACACCAAAAUUCUCAAUGCUCUGCCUGGUUAGGUGGAGGGGGGGGAACCACUUGGGUAAUCUGGUGGUGGAUGUAUUAUAGAAUCAGGUCUUGUGCAGAGGUAAGCCAGUGUUGUAUUUGGCACUCUGGCAGAUGUGCUACUGCUAGUUUAAACUGGCAGUUGUAAAGUAAAUCCUAAACAUAUCUCAGGAUCUUUAAGACCCACGGAUCCUUCUUCUAAUCUUGACAUGCUGUGCUCAUGGUAUUGAGAGAGAGAGAGAGUGUGAACUGCAACUAUGGAAGAUUUGACUUUCCAGUAGCUCCAGAACAUAAGAGCUAUAACAAGGUCCCAGCACAACCUGUCUGUAGGCAGCACCAGUCCUUGCCAAGGAUGGGGGUAGAAUUGAGGGCUAUCGGCUUGAGUGCAACACAUAUUGCCAAGCCCUUUUAGGUGAGCAGUAGUAGAGCUUUCAAGAACAACUCUUGGCUACAGCAUUUCUUACUAUAAAUGCCAGUCAAUAAAAUUAUUGCCAGUUUAAAGCAAUAAAUCAGUGUGCAAGUCUGUUAAAUGUUUUUGGACAAUCUAUGUGGAUCUGUUUUACUAAUUAAAAGAGUGUAACACUUUGUAUGGUUCUUAAUUGUAUAUAAUGUUUUGUCUUAAAUACAUAAACCCUGUGGAAGUUGUGAUUUCUUAAGUUGGAGAGGACACUUCUCACCUUGCAUUGGGUACAGCAAGGCAUGCAAUAUAACCUGUCAAUGAACGAGUGUCCUUGCUGUAAGAGCAGCUGCUCAAUUUUUUCCCCUUUACUGAUAAAAGUAAAAGGAGGAGAUUGUGUUCCUGAUCCAUAUGAUUAUUGACUUCUCAGACUCGCCUUCAAGUCCUGCACAACUCUGCUCCCAACAAUCCUUUGCUUUCUCCUGACACACUUCCCCUUCUCCUCCUCUUUGCCUCUGUUGCCCCUUGUGACAGACAUAGCAAUUUCCUGCAAUACCCUUAGAAAAACUUCUUUGAAUUUCAUACAAUUGACUCCAAAUGUACUAAAUCCAAAUGUUCUGUAUUAUUGUGGACCUGGAUAAUCAAUAAACUAUAUUGAAUAUUGUGG